AUAAAAACGUUAUUAACUCUCACUAACAAACCCCAUUUCUUCCACUCUUCCUCACUUUCUUUAAGCCUUCACCAGUGUUUAGGGUUUAAAGCUUGCAGAUUUUGAACUAAAAGGAUUUUGAUUGUUCCUUAAACUUUUCACCUUGUUUAGAUGUACACAAACUGACAUGUUUUUGGCAAUAAAGGUCCAGUCUUUUUAGUCCCACAAAGAAGAUUGCUGUUCUUUUUAAUGUUUUGUUGAAGAAAAGUAGAAAAAAAAAAAGAAAAAGAAAAAAGAGCUGGCUUUCGGACUUUGGGGUGUUGAUAGUUUGGUUGAAGAAAGUGAAAACACUGAAGCAGCUUUUUACUUUGGGUGUCACUUGGAAUUUUUCCCUUGUUGAAUUUGGGUCUUGAAAGUUUUUAAGUUAUAGUACAAGGCAUUAGAUUUUUGCUUUUAGCUCUUUGGCCAAUGCAAACUUUAUAUUCUUGCAGUGAAAACGGGAUAGAGGUCAGAACGAUGAUGGAAAACAAAAGGAGCCCUUGCUCUGUUGAUCAUGGCAGUUUCACUCCUUUGGCGUCGAAGCGACAGAAGUCCGACUUAUCGAUCUCGACAAAGGAUAGGAAAGAUAAGGUCGGUGAACGCAUUGUCACUCUGCAGCAGCUUGUUUCACCAUAUGGAAAGACAGAUACAGCUUCUGUCCUCCUGCAGGCAAUGGAAUACAUACAGUUUCUUCAUGAACAAGUUAAGGUUUUGAGUGCUCCAUAUCUUCAAACCUCGCCGACAAAUAAUAUGCAGGCAAGCAUUAAACCGGCCCAGGAGCUAGAGCAUUAUAGCCUUAGAAGCCAAGGUUUAUGUCUUGUUCCACUCUCGUAUACCAUGGGAGUUGUUCAUAGCAAUGGUGCUGAUAUUUGGGCUCCCAUCAAGACCACUUCACCAAAAUUUGACAAGCCUUUCUCACAAUUCAAUUGACAUAUUUUCCUUCCUCGGUGACCGGUAGGCUUUGAACGUUUCACUGGAACCGGUUUUAAAGGUAACCAACUUAAUCUUGAAUGCACAAAAUUUUCCUAGUCAGAUGCAAAAUUUAUAGCACAAUGCACUGAGAUAGGAUGUUAGUAUCGAGAAACUAGUAGGAUUGUGUAUCCAGAAAUGCAGUCCUGUGCCUACUUAGUUUUAAGCCAGUGAUCUGCAUUUAAUAUUGUAUUGAAUUAUAGAAAUUAAUUGAUCUCUCCUAAUCAUAUGUAUUGUAAAAUGUAACUUGAUGAACAUGAGUUGAUUAACCACUUUUAACAUGUAUGGCGCUCGAAUAAAAUAUACGGAAUAAUGUGCCAGUCAUUAAAUUAAA